AAAAUAUCGAAAUUUCUCGCAGGGCACAUAAUUUUCCGUGAAACACUCAAAUUUUCCUGUGCAGCGGAGAUUUACUGUGUCGCGCGUGUAUUUUCCUGUGUUGCGCACGCGUUUUAGCGCCUUUGCUAAUAGAAAAAGCCAAAUCUAAACAAGUGCCAACUCAGCUGACUACACACAAAGUUUAUUUUGACUUCAGACAACCAAAUCCACAGUACAUUCAUUCAACUCCGCUACUUCGCAUCUGGAAAUAUUUUUACCGGAUAAAAAAUACUCUUCCCAUCAGAGUCAAAAUUAAGUACCCAUCAUUAAACCUUAGUGAAGAGUGAGAGCCUUGAGGUCCACCGUCAAAUGGCUGUAUAUCCAGAUUUACUAGGUAAAUAUCAGCCCAAAUGAAUGUGCAGAUUUUAUCAGUUAGCUGAAUCAUAUCCAUAUCUCACCGGCUGCAUGUGUAGCAUAGACCCAAGACCGUUGCCUGGAACGCAUAGACACUAAAGUCCGCAUUUGAAGGAGUUUCAGGUUCGCUAAAGAUUGUAGAUAUUAUGUACAGUCCAACAUUUCCUGUAACAGUUAGUUAUACAAUUCCACCAAGUUCACCACAGGAAUGCUGAAAGAUGGAAGAAAUUUUCGUUCAUCGUACUAUGAAAAAGUUGGUUUCAGAAAUAUUGACGAUAGUAAAUACCUGGAUGUCAUUCUAGCCAGCAAAGAUUUAGACUUAAACCGUUUGAGUCAAUUUUGCCUGAGAUUUACUGUUCCAGGCGUGCACAGAGCUUUAGUCUGGAAAUUAGUUUUAAAAGUUCUUCCCUUCAACAAAGAGUGCCAUUCGUUUGUUACCUACGCACGGCAAGAUCAGUACAACGAUUUAAGAAAUGCUUUAAUUGAGAUGAAGUACAUUGAUAAGGCCAUGCCUGAAUCUCAAAUCGUCAUAGCCAUGUGGCUUCUAGAAAACAAAUGUCUCAAGUUUACAUGGAAGUUAGAGAUAGAGCUGCACAGACACUUUCUCCACAUUUGCCAAGUUCUUUGUUCAGUUUUCUUCAAUGAAGUUGAUAUUUAUUGGGUUUCUAAGGGAUUUUUCAAUUGUGUCAAAACCUUUGAAAAUUCUGUCUCUUGGCUGGUAGAGUUUUCGAAAAAUUUGCUUUUUAAAACUGAUUCCGCGCUGCACUGUCAUCUUCUUAAUAUAGAAUCUCUACACAAAGUUCCCUAUCACAGUUGGUUCAGAUCUUGUUUUGCUGGAACACUUCAUGAGUUAGCAUUAUUAAAAGUCUGGGAUAAGGUGAUAUGUGGAGCUCAUAAAAUUCUUUGUGUAGUAAGUGUUGCCUUAUUGCGGACCUUUCGGCACAGUCUCAUGUCCUGCAAUAAUAUUGCGGAUGUUUCACACUGCUUUUUACAAAUCUCGAAGGAGGCCUCAGAGAAAAUAGUCAACAAUGCACUAGAAUUAUGGUAUCAGCAAGGAAGCUCAAUUUUGCCCUUUGGUCCAAUUCCAAAGGUUUAGUUUUUAAGCAAGCUUUUCAACAUGUUUCUGUCUUCUCCCUGAGUUUGAUUCAGUAUCACAGGAUGUCAAUGUUUUUGUGUAUUUGUAAUUGUACGUCCAAGUUAUUUUUAGUAUUGUAAAUGCAAAUGUUUAUACAUUUGCGUAACUGUAAUUUUAUAAUGUAAAUUUGUAUUAUUGCCUCUUUGUAGUCUUGAAUAAAAUGUUGUUGUUACCGUAA